ACACACUACACCUGCCACCGGUCGCGCCUCCGGCGGAGGUCGCGCACAAGGAGAGGAGUCAUGGAUAACUCCGGCAUCGACAAGGAGAUGGAGGAGAGCUGGCGGGAUGUGGACCCAGCGGGGGAUGUCCAGCAGGGCGGCGCAGCACACCAACGCCGCAGCGUCCUUAACACGGGCCGCGAGGCGUACCUCCGCACGAAGCAGAUGCUCGACGAGGCCUCGGCCGUGAGCAACACGCUAUUCCUGGACGAAGACGACAUGACGCGCCGGUACCAGCGGGCCUACGAGCGGGAGGACGCCUUGGAUGCCGCUGCCGCCGGCGCCGCCGCUGGCGGUAGCGGCGCGGGCGGUAUGCCCGGCGCAAACAGCAGCAGCGCGUCGGGUUUCUUCAACGAGGGCUCGCUGUUCUUUGCUCCCGCGGGCGGCGACGGUAGGGGUUCUUCCUUAGGAGGGGGAGGGGGUGUAUUGGCGGCCGUGGCGGCGGGCAGGAGUCCGCCGCCGCCCGCGGUGGAGAUUCGGCCGGAGGAGAAGCAGUUUUGCGAGGCGUUCCUGGAGCUGCAGGCCUUGCUGAACCGCCUGCCGCCGGGGGUGCGUGCGCGGCCGGAACAAAUCAGCGACAUCCUCCAGGACAUGUACGGCUUCGCGGAAGGGGCGGAGGCGGCGGCGUCAGACACCGCCGACCGGCUUCGCGAGCUCCGGGGAAGCGGUGCUCCAGCUGUUGCGGUGGCCGCGGCGGCGGCCCACGAGCUCUCCCUGGAGAAGGACACGUGGGCCCUGCUGCUGAUAAUGAACGGCGUGGAUAAGGAAGACGAGGACAUUUUGGAAGGCAUUCGGCGGCGGGAGGAAGAGGGAGGAGAUGCCAACGAUAGCGGCGCCCCGCCGGGCCCCGACGCCUCCGACGAAGCAUUGUUGGUCUCGAUGCGCGCCCGGGACGCGGAGUUUCGACGUACAGAGGCAGUUGUGGAGUGGCUGCAGGGGGCCACGCACACGCGACUGAAUGCGCUCGGCCUAGGGGGGGGGGUGGGCGAAGGCCACCUGGGCUGGAGCGACACCUUGGAGUCGUUAGCGGCGGGUGGGGGGCAGAAGAGCGAGGUGGCACAGAUGCACCCGGACGCCAACCUUCGGAGCGUGAGCCGGGGGGGGUUGAAGGUCAUGCGGCUUGUGGGCCAGGAUGACCUGGACGAGGAGAACCUGCUGCGGUCGGCGUGGGCGCUGGUUCGGGCGGGAAGGCUCAGCGCGGCGAAGCGGCUGUGUGAGAAGCGGGGACAGCCUUGGCGAGCGGCGGCGAUGGCCGGCGGCGGCGUGGUCGGGACCCGGGUGAUGGAGGGGGAAGAGGAGAGGGAGCUGGAGGAGAUCGAAGCUGGGUAUGGGGCUCUGUAUUCCCCGGGGCAAGGGCUGUGGCAGGAGAUGUGCUGGCAGCUGAGCGUGUCCCUCGAGAGGGGCGCGGACAGCUCGGAGGGGCCGGCGAGGUCGGUGGCGAAGCACGAGGCUGCGCUGUUCGCACACCUCGCCGGAAACGCGGAGCUGCUGCUGGAGUCAGACUUGACCCAGUCCUGGCAAGAUCAGGCCUGGGUGCGAUUCUCGUCGCUUCUGCAUCUCAAGGUGCUAGACGAGCGCAUCCAGCACCGACGGGUGCAGGCGGCGCGUAGUGCGCUCUACCCCGGAGUCUCGUCGUUGAGGACCGACGAGCGUCUUCUGGAGCGGAUGACGCGGUCAGGACCGCCCACAAGCCACGGUGCGAUCUUCGAAGUGCUAGACGACAACUCCAGGGGCCGAGUGCGUGCGGAGGGAAAGGGGGUUUACCGGCAGGCGCAGCAAGCAUUAGUUCUCGGAGGCAGAGACAUCCCGCUCUUCCUCAGGAACAUCCUGUGGCGUGUUGCCGCCGGAGGCGCCGAGGGCGCCGACGGUGACAGCGGCGCCGAGGAUGGGCGAGGGGUCGACGACGGUUUUUCGGGGUCCAGGCGGACAGAAGACGUGCUGCUGCGGUCCCCCCAGCUGCUGCGAUUCGCGGCGCACCUGGCGCUGGUGCUGGCGGCGCAGUGCCCGUACCUGACGACGAUGGAGGAAGGCACGCUAGAGGCGGUGGAGGACGUUGUGCACGCGUACGCCCAGCACUUGGUCAAGGCCCAGCAGGUUGGUCUCGUGGCCAUCUACGCUUCCACCCUGCCCACUCGCCGGCGGCGUGAGCUUUACGCCGGGUUUCUACGGUCCCUGGAAGGCGAAGGUAGCCGCCGCGAGGCCCUGGAGCAGGCCAAGAGCCACAUGCCCGGAGACGUGCCGGCCAUCCUCAAGAAGGUGGUAGAAGACGUGCGGCUGCAUACGGUGUCGGUGGCUUCAAGUGCCAUGCCGAAGCAAGUGCCGGAGGGAGAUCUGAAAAAGAUCAAGGCCAUGUCGUGGCUGCUUGAUCACCCGGAUACGCAAGCCGAAGCGGUCAUCCAGGCGAACGCGCUGGCCCGCCACCUGGUGCUCCAGACGUACCAGCAGUCCGUCAUCGGCGGCGGUAGCGGUGCCCGGGGAGGGGGGCUUCUGUCUUGGGCGGCGGGGGGGGGAGGCGACGAAGCCGACUACGACGAAUCGGAAACGCCGACGGUUCUCUCGGCUCGCCUGGAGGCCGUGCAGAAGCUGCUGGAGUCGGUGGCAUCGUCGUCACCUCCACAGGAAGGCGGGGAUGCCAGAAGAGAUGGCGCCAUGGUAGUGGCGGAGGCGGCGGUGAACGGCGACGCUGGGCGCGAGCGCGAGUGCUGGGCGUUUCUUUUGGGGGCCCGGGAGGCGUACUUGGCGUGGGCGGAGGCUUGCCGUGGCGAGGGGGGAAAGGCGGGUGUGGGAGAGGAGGACGCCGUCCGCGACGCUGCGGAAAGGGCGAUGGCGGCGUUUGACGGAGUGUUGACGUACGAGGACGGCUGGAUGUACCCACAAGACCCCGCCAUCGCCGCGGAUGAUAACGCCUCUCUGGGAUCGUGGGUGGACUUGGGAGACGGCAGCGACGGAGCAGAAGAAGUAGGGGCGGCUGUGGCGGUGCCCAACAACAGCAUGGUGGUUUCCUUGCCCGUGGACUACGGGGUCGGCGGCGAUGAUGUUGGGGUGUCGCAGGAGGAGAGAAAGGCGAAGGAAGUGGCGGAGGCUAGGCGAAAGAGGGAGAGGGAGGAGGAGGAGGCGAUCAGGGCGGUGGAAGAGACGGCGAGUCGGGCGGAAGAGGCCGCGAGGAGGGAGGAGUUGCUGGGAGUUCGUGCGGCGUGCUUGCCGGGGCUCGUCUUCUUGGCCCAUGAGGUGGCACACAGUACCGGCUUGUGGAUGCUCCGAUGGCGCUCCGCCAACGCGGCCGAAGAGUGGUUCACGCGCGGACAGAAGCUCGCAAACACGAUCGUGAAGGACAAGUACCGUACGCUGCUCGCCCUGAACCCGGGGCACAUGCGGCGGCUCCUCGGCUGUGUGGAGCGCAGCACCACCAAGCUCUUGGAGUGUACCGAGCGGGGCGCGUAGUUGUCGAUGUCAUUGCUGUGCGAGGGGAGAAGCGUUGUUGACCGUUCUGCCCUGUUGUCAAUCGUAGAAAAUGGUCGGCUUCGCGGGAGGGGCUAACGUCAUGCACGCGGUAUCUAGGGCGUAGGGGCGUUGUCGAUUGGCGUGUUCUAUUUGUCCUGUUUUUCUCUUGUUGGAAUUAUUUGUUUUUGUUGGGCAGUGGAAAAAACUUGUUGGUCAGGUACUUUAUUCGCGGCUUCAACGCGUAACGAAAGCGUGCAUGGCCAUGUAUCAAGAUGCGAGGACGAGUAUACCAGACGUGGCAGGAAAAAGAGGGGUGGAACGGUGGAAAAGAUGGUACCGAUGCCUGGAGUAGCGUUUUCCUCGUGACUGGGAUAGCGUUUUGUUUUGUACGGAAGUGUCGUGUUGGUGUUUUCUUCUUGUGUACCAGUAGUCGUUUUUUUGGCAUUGUGGAUGGCGUUGAAGGUUUAGAGUCGUGAUAUGCACACAGCAACGACCAACACUGCCGUGCAAGGCUCUUGGCCGCAUGUGGGGCCGGAAACAUCUAAGGUUGAUCACGGCUUCAUUUCGGGCAUUCUUUGCGAAGUCUCGGAAGCCUUCAGAUAUAUGAUGUCGUUGGGACAGAUAGAUGCAUUGCAGGAUUCUGGGCAUUAUUUUAUUUUGACUCUCGAGUGACGACAAAGCCGCAACGCAAACCGCGGAAGCGCAAUGCAAGAGCUUGCUUUCCCGAGCACUCUUGCCGGUUUUUGUUAGAAUUGAUUCCAAUGAUGAUGGUGUUGCUGCUCGCGCAGUUGCUACCCGGGGUGUCUGUGUACUUAGACCACGGCCGCACAUUUGCCCUUUUCCAAAUCUUGCAACUACGGUGAUUCGGGGUCCACAGACAAGGCAGCCAACGCCUUUUCCCUCUACCUUUCCGUUGUCAUAUACUUCCUGGUUGCUUGUGUUUCGGGCGUUCGUGGCUGUAAGCUCCCAGCGGCCCGCAAGUCAUCGUAUCCGAAAAACAUGUCGCUUUCUUUGCUUCACCUCACCAAGUUUACAU